GACCGUUGGAUUAAGGUACAAUUUGUUAAUGAGUAGGUCCUAGAGACAAAAAUUCUCUCACAUGUGAUUGCUAGGGAAGACCCCACACCACAAUGAGAAGAAAGAAUAACAAGUUUGAAAAAUAGAAAUUAAAUUAAACUCACUAAGUCACAAGCAAAGCAUAGCAUAAAAGAGGUUCUUAUGUUAGAUUCCUUUCCCCCAACUCACAAAAAUAAAGUCUUGCUCUUUCAACUUUAUUGCAUUUUCUCUCUGUCUUUCAAUGGUUUCCAACAAAAGGGUAACUGAUAUUGUAACAUUAUUAGUAGUUGUACUAUUGGUUGGUUUUGUGAACUCAGAUUUAACAAAAGACAGAGAAGAAUGUGCUGACAAAUUAGUGACUCUUGCUAGUUGUCUUCCUUACGUGGGUGGUGAUGCCAAUACUCCUGCUAUAGAUUGUUGCACUGCCCUUAAACUAGUCCUUGAUAAGACCAAGAAAUGUAUAUGUAUCCUAAUCAAAGAUCGUAAUGAUCCUAAACUUGGCUUCACUUUGAAUGCCACUCUUGCUGUUCAGCUUCCAAAUGCUUGUCACAUUCCAUCUAAUAUAUCUCAAUGUGUAGAUCUUUUGCAUUUGUCACCUAAAUCUGCUGAAGCUAAGGUGUUUGAAGGACUUGGAAAUUCUACCCAAACAAACAGUUCCACACCAGUUUCCAAUGGUGGUGCUGAGAAGGGACCAAGCUCAAGUUCUGAGGAAAAGAGUGGUUGUGAUUUGGGAAAGAGGUGGCUGGUGGCAGAGUUGGUUUUUGCUAUUUUACCAUUUGUUUUCAUUCUAGCUUGAUGUUUCAAGUUUCAAAACCAUGAUCAAGAUUUAGAAAAAAAAUUAUUACUUGGAUAUAUUUAAUAUUGGUUUUGGUUGAUCUAAUACUCAUUAGUCACUAGUUCUAUCUAUUUCUCUUAGUUUUACUUUUGUUGUGCUAUGUUUCCCAAUUCCUAUAUUUUUGAACAAAUUCUUGUUACUGUCUAUUUAUCUAUUUUUAGUAACCUUGGUAGUUGGCAUA